CAUGCAAUGACAUGCGUGACAGAAAAGUUGCUCUAUUUUGCUAAUGUCUGACGAACCCAUUAUUAUUAUUUCCAUGUAUUUAACGAUAUAUUACGAGGAUUACUCAUCUUUAGAACAAGGUUAUAAACUAAUUGUUUAAAAGUUCAACAUCUUUAUUAACUUAAUACACUGUGAUCAAAGUCAGCUGACGAACGUAAACAAAGGGCAUGUCAGUAAUCUAUGAAGUGGUGAAGAAGAUACAAAGUGCUUUGUGAUAUUAAAUUAAAUAUAAUAUAUUUUACUAACAUUAAUUAUGGAUAUCGAUGGCUCGUCAAUCCCCGGCGAGAUCGACCAAAAUUUACUCUUGCAAUUUAGUUGUAUGAAUACAACUGAUAGAGAUGAAUUAAUAAGCCAAAUGCAAAGGCUUCUAGGUCCCAGUCUCAGUUAUAAUACGGCUAGUUUUUUCUUGGAUAUGAGCAAUUGGAACUUGCAAGCUGCAAUAGGUUGUUAUUUAGAUUACACUUUACCUCCGAAACUUCCAUCAAUGUCUUUGAAAGCUGCUCAAAAUCAUGAUGCUGCAGUUGGUCCUGGAUCAUGUUUUGAACAGAAUUGGAGCAUUGCCAACACUGGGACUGAGGCAUGGCCAGGUAGCUGCAGACUAAUACAGGCAGGCGGGGAGCCCCUGGCUGCUACGCCUCAGUUUGUGCCUCCACUCCCUCCAGGACAUUCAACAACUGUGACCAUGAAACUAGUAGCUCCAAGUUCACCUGGAACCCAUAGAGGUUAUUUUCAUUUAGUCACUGAUAAAGGUGACCAAAUAGGAGAUACAUUGUGGGUGGAAAUUACUGUUGAGUCAGAAAUGACUAUGGCCUUAGUUGAACAACUGGCUGCUCUACCCGUCCCUAGCAGUAGACAAGAAGAUUCAGCUACUCAGAUGCCACCAGAUGAUCAAAUGUGUUGACAUUUUGGUAAAAUAUGAUUUAUUCAGGGGAGAAAACACCACAGUGCACCACAAAAAAAUUAUUGUUUUCCCUACCUUUUCUUUACUUACUUAAAAUUAUUACACCUCCCUAUAUUUUCGAAAUCAUGUAAUAAUAAUAACAUUGUAUUUUUAAGCAAUAAUUUCACAAAUGUCUUAAAGGAUUUUUAUAUUUAUAACAACAAUUUUAUUUUUUAAUACAUUUAUAGCAUAAAUGGGAUGAUAAUGCAAAUACAUCAUUAAAAAAUCUUUAUCUUACCAGCCUUUCCUCAUUGUCACACAGGUUCAUUUCUUCUUUUACAUGAAAGUUGUGACUCACAACU